GUUGACCAAGUGACACCUCGCUAGCAGAAAGAAAGAAAGAAAAAGAAAGAAAGAAAGAAAAAGAAAAAUGCUGUCGCGAGCGACUGGGUUUAGCUGCUGGGCACUGACACAUAAGCCGCCUCGUUGAGAAGCUCAGCGACGCGCGCCUUCAGGCAUCGCCAACGGUGCGCGCGGCGGCAGAAGACAGUCUCCGUUCCCGCCAAAGGACGACUGAGGUAACUUCGGGUUUUCAGCUCCGUACAGUCAUCUGUACCUCAGAGUAAACGUUUCACCGAGAACGAAAAGUCUCAUAAAUACGCAACUAGUUCAACAAGAUUUUAUUCAGCUCGGAAAAGCGAACAAACACUGGACACGCGCUUCUGAAAAGUUGCACGAGCACCGGCUGACUGAGCCUGUUGGCGAAAAGCCGCGCGACGGACAUUCAACUGGCUGUAAUGGCAGUGACGCACAGUAUGAAGUCGUCGCAGGACCAGGUGGUGGAGGACGAAGUCGGCUACCAGGUGGACGAUGAGUCAUUCUUUCAAGACAUUGACCUUCUACAGAAGCAUGGAAUUAAUGUGGCAGACAUCAAGAAGCUGAAGGCCAUUGGUAUCUGCACAGUGAAAGGGAUCCAGAUGACCACUCGCCGUGCCCUGUGUAAUGUCAAGGGCCUGUCUGAAGCCAAGGUGGACAAAAUUAAAGAAGCUGCUGGGAAAUUGCUGAGCACAGGGUUCCUGACAGCCUUUGAAUAUAGCGAGAAGAGAAAACAUGUUUUCCGCAUCACUACGGGCAGCCAGGAGUUUGACAAACUUAUUGGUGGUGGUAUAGAGAGCAUGGCUAUAAGUGAAGCUUUUGGAGAAUUUCGGACAGGGAAGACACAGCUUUCUCAUACACUGUGCGUGACAACCCAGCUCCCUGGGGCUGAUGGGUACACAGGAGGGAAGGUCAUCUUCAUUGACACAGAGAACACCUUCCGACCUGACAGGCUGAGGGACAUUGCAGACAGGUUUGAUGUAGACCAGGAUGCAGUGUUGGAGAAUGUGCUGUACGCUCGUGCUUAUACCAGUGAACACCAGAUGGAGCUACUGGACUUUGUGGCAGCAAAAUUCCAUGAGGAAUGUGGUGUCUUCAAAUUGCUGAUCAUAGACUCUGUCAUGGCCCUUUUCCGUGUGGACUUCUCUGGCCGGGGAGAACUGGCGGAAAGACAGCAAAAGCUGGCCCAAAUGCUCUCUCGGUUGCAGAAGAUAUCUGAAGAGUACAAUGUGGCUGUGUUUGUGACAAAUCAGAUGACUGCUGACCCUGGAGCAGGCUUGACGUUCCAGGCAGAUCCAAAAAAACCCAUUGGAGGACACAUUUUGGCUCAUGCCUCAACCACUCGCAUCAGCCUGAGGAAAGGGCGGGGAGAAGUGCGAAUCGCCAAGAUAUUUGACAGCCCUGACAUGCCAGAGAAUGAGGCCACCUUCGCCAUCACUGCAGGUGGAAUAGCUGAUGCCAAGGAAUGAAUAUGGACAGGGAGGAACAGGAAGGAAGGUGGCCAAGAUUCCUUUCCUACAUUUUUACUUGUUCUUCACCUGAGAACCACUUCUUAAUCUUACUUACUCUACUUGAUGCUUACUCGUGUAUCAAAUUUUUUUAAUUGGUUAAUUCUGGAGUUUUAACGGUAUUCAGUUAUUCGAGUUUACAUGUUGAUUGCUGUUAAUGCGCACAAAUUUUCUAUAAUGCUGCUCUGUGUCUUUUUUCUGGAACUGCCUCAGUCUUGUCAGAAAGUGUCCCUGGAGUUAUGA